GCUGCCGGUGAGCUCCGGAGGUGCGAGCUGCUCCGGCGUCCAGUCGGCACCCGGCAGCCCGCCCCGCCCCGUCGUCGUCGCCGUCAUGGAGGCCCGCGCCCUGCUGCAGGCGCUCGCGGCCACGCUGCCACUGCUGCUGCUGCUGCUGGUGCACGGCGCCGACGCCCAGCUGUUCGCCGAGCAGGUCGAGCAGCAGCAGCUCAACGUGCAGACCCAGGCCAUCCAGCAGCGGCUGCAGGACAUGCAGCGGCUCAUGCAGUUCGCGCCGGACGACCAGCAGAGGGCGAGCCUCACCAGGCAGCAGAGCGACCUGCUACAGCAGUUGCAGGACGUCCAGCAGAAACAGCUGCAGCUGCAGGCCCAGCUGCAGGAGCAGGUGGUCAGGGGGCAACAACCCAAUUCCCAGGUUCAAGUCCUCGAGAACCGGCUGGACACUCAGCCGCAGCCCUUCGUCCAGCCCCAGUUCCAGCAGCAGACGCAGCAGCGUCCGCAGCGACGCCCGCAGCCGCAGCCGCAGCCUGUCGUGGUGCGACAGGUAAAUAUUAGCAUCGAUGAUAUGUAAAUAAUUUAAAAUCAA